AUGCCUCCGCUCAAAAUCAACGUUACCGGCAAAUCAUCCGUCAGCCACGCUCCAGAGCUAUGCACCCUCAAGUUUUCAGUCAAAGCACAAGGCCCAGAGCAAAACGCCGUUGCUAGGGAUGUGACUGCAGCAGCUAGAGACCUUCAACUAUGGUUUCAAAGAUUCCGGUUGCAUGAUGGAGACUUCGCCGAGCCCCCUGUGAAAAAGUUCUGGACCUCAAACAUCAAAGCCUGGUCAAAGCCGAAGGAUGAGGAUGAUAAGCCCGUGGCAGACCCACACCAUGCUACUAUAUCAUUUACAGCUGUCUUCCACGAAUUCGAAGCCAUGGGAAAAGCUGUCAGCGGAUUGCUAGCUAUUCCCAAAGUAGAGAUCAAGUCGAUUGACUGGAGUCUCACCGACGAGACUGGAAAAAAGCUUUCGUCCGAAACGCGGAAGCUGGCAUUGCGCGAUGCCAUUCAGCAAGCGGACGAUCUUUCCGAGGUUCUUGGUCGGAAUGUCGGUGUAGUGGAAAUCUUUGACGCAGGAUACUCUUCUCCACCCAUGAGGAGGUACAUGAUGGCUGCUGCUGAUUUUAGCGACGACAGUCGCAGUGAGCCUCUCGCGCUAGACCUUACACCCCAAGAGAUUGAUGUCGAGACUUCUUUACAAGUCACCUUUGAAGCCGUUUAA